GCGUAUAUGUGUGUGUGUGUGUGUGUCAGAGUUUUUGUGUUGCGAGCUUUUUAGUUUGUGUGAUUUUGUGAAUAGCAUAUAUUCUCUGGUAUGUAGGUCUCUACUGUGACGAUGCUGUGACCUCUAAAGGGUAUCGGGUAGAAACUUAUGGGUAGCAGAGUUCCCUACAGUAUCUGAUGUAAUUGUGUAGAUUUGUUAUGUAGCCAGACGGCAGUGUGUAAGGACACACAGCGGUGGCUUGGUGCUCUGUAGCUGCAUUUAGUUGUGUGUGUGAUGCCCUGCUAGCCGUUAUGGAUCCUCAGCAGCCGGUUUUUAGCCUGAUGAAGCGGCUCUGCCCUUGUUUCAGCCUGCUGCCGCUGCCAAGUCAGGACUGGAGUAAGAGUGAUGAGAGGCUCCUGCAGGCUGUGGAGCAGAAUGAACCCGACAAAGUCUCCGCUCUCAUCGUCAAAAAGGGCCUCUGCCCUACCAAGCUGGAUGCUGAGGGCAAGUCAGCGUUCCACCUCAGUGUGUCUCGAGGCCGGCUAGAUUGUCUGGAGGUCAUCAUCUCUCAAGGAGCAGACCUCAAUGUCACUGAUGGUGUUGGCUUCACCGCCCUUCACCUCGCAGCCAAAAACGGCCAAUCAGAGUGUUUAAAGAGACUUUUACAGGAGAGAUUAACAGUAGAUUGCACCGACAGUAUUGGUAGGACACCACUUCAUCAUGCAGCGGUUAGUGGCUGCUUGUCCUGCACUGAGACCCUGUGGGACUUUAAAGCUGAUUUGGAUGUCCAGGAUGGGGACGGGGCCACCCCUUUGAUCUUAGCAGCCCAGAUGAGCAGAGUGGAGCUAUGUGUCUUUCUGUUGGGUCGAGAUGCCAACGCAAACAUACAAGACAACCAGGGAAGGUCAGCAUUAAUGCUGGCGUGUGAGAGUGACAGCGUUGAGACCGUAGAAGCUCUACUGAGGGGUGGGGCCAACACACAGCUGGUUGAUGCACUUGGACACAAAGCCACUGACUACAGCAUAACCACGGGCAACCAACACAUCUUGCAGAUGUUGCAGAAUGGAGCACCUCCAGCCUCUGACGGCGCCGGCGAGGAGUCCCCCCAAGUCCCCUCAGGCGCCUCAUCAAUGCAAGGGGGCACUACCCCCCGCAAGCGGAAAGCUCCUCCACCGCCUCGCUCUCCUCUCCAGAUGCAGGGUUUGCCACCCUCUCCACAGCCCCGGAGUCCUGCUCCACCUGCAAAGUCCCCUGAGCCCCAGUCCCAGUCUUCUUCUCCCCAGCCUCCAGAAACACAGCAAGCAGCCCAGGCAGAGGAUGAGGAGGUGUUUGAGGAGAUUCGACGGCUGCGUCUGGAGAGAGGCCGUUUGCUCCAGAAGAUCAAAGCUUUGGAGCAGCAGCAGCAGAGCGCCCUCUCUGCUAUGGAAGAGGUUACCCAACUGAAGCAGCGUCUAGAAGAGGCAGAGACAGAAAGAGACAAGUUGCUUGAGGAGCUGAAGGGAGCCCAUGGUAUUGGGGCCAGUGACUCUGAGGACAUGGAUGAAAUGUUUGACUUCCCAGAGAAGCUGCUCUCCAAGCGCUCCAGAGCCUCCCCUGCUCAGGAUGAGGCCACUUCUCAAGCGGACACUGGCUCAGCCAACCCUUCUCCUGACCCUGCAGACCCAGGAACUCUUGCUGAGCUGCGCAAACAAAUAGAGGAACUUACCUCACAAAACUCUGAAUUAGCUCUCAAGGUGCAGAUGUUGGAGAUGUUUGAGAAGGAUGACACAGACAUGCAGACCUCCAGCUCGGACUUUGUCCCCAUCAUUCAGUAUGAGACCCUGAGGAAGGAGUUUGAAGUCCUUCAGGAGCGCCUCUCUCAGGCCCAGGCUUCAGACGAGGCCUCCAGCAUGGCAGAGGAGCAUGGUGAUGAAAAGUCUGUGGAGGCUCUGAGGGAGAAGCUGCAACGCAUGGAGGAGCAGUUUGCCUCCUCCCAGUCUGAGCUGGAGGAGCUGAGGGAGCAGAUGCGCCUUGGGGUGCUUUCUGUGGAGUGUGGUGAAGGGGAUACUGCCACGGCAGGUGCUGGGGCUGCAGAGGAGGGUCCAAGCCAAGAGGCACAGCAGCUGAGAGCGAGGGUGACGGAGCUAGAGGAGGAGCUAGCAAAGAGACAGGGUGAGGCAGGGGGUCAGAGCAGCCAGGACAGUGACACAAUCAAACAGCUGACAGAGCAAGUAGAGGAACUCCGUGCUGCUCUGGCACGAAAAGAGUCUACAAAACAAGAAGGGGAGAAAGACGGUGAAGAAGAAGAGACGGAAACAGUGAAGUGCCUCCGUAACAAAGUGGCUGAGUUACAGGCAGCCCUGGCAGAGAGCAGGACGUCGGGGAAAGAGGGAGGAUCAGCAGGAGAUGGAGAUCAGGUCCGUCGUCUCCAGGAGCGUUUGGGAGAGCUAGAGGGGGAGCUGAGAAAGUGUGUGCCCCGCUCAGAGUUGGAGGAAGUGCAGGUGACUCUGGGGCUCCAGUGUGAGCAGCUGGCCAGGGAGAGGGCGGAUGUGGCUAGAAGGCUCAACGAUGCUCUCCUGGAUCUGGAGAGACUCAGGCCUCCUCAACGCGGAGAUGAGGAAGAUGAGGAAGAAGAGGAGGAGCAUUCAGAGAGCUCAGAGCCCUCAGAGCACUCCAGACGCUCCCUGGCAGCCGUGAGAGAAGAAUUGGAGGUGGCGAGGCAGGAAGCAGCCCAGGCUCUGGACUGUCUGUGUGCUGAGCGGGAGGGCAGGGCACAGGACGCCCUACAGCUGAAAGACGCAGUACCACUCUCAAAACAUAAGGAGGCUCUGUCUGCAGUAUCAGAACAGCUAGCUCAGACCCUGCAGGAGCUCCAGGAGGAGAAGACCCUUCGUGGUCAGGCUGAGGAGCAGGCUGCCAAACUAGAGGGCCAACUACAGGCCAUGCAGGAUGCCAUACCCAAAGAGGAGCAUGAGAAAGUGAAGGCAGAGCUCCAGCGCUCCCUGCAGGCCAGUGAGAGCAGUGCAGCAGCAGCUCAGGAGGCUCUGAGUGAGAAGGAGAUGGAGCUGAGAGAGCUGAAGUCCCAGAAGGCUGCAGAACAGGGUCUAAUCUCCAAGGAGGAUCAUGAGGCCCUGCGACUCUCUCUGCAGGCUGAGAUCAACGCCGCCACAGCCCGAUUCAACGAUCUCACUCGCAAACAUGAGAAGACCUGCACUGAGGUGUUCCAGGUGCAGAGGGAGGCUCUCUUUAACAAGAGUGAGCGGCAGGUUGCGGAGUCCCAACUGGCCACAGUGCAGCAGCAGCUAGCCGAGUUACAGUCCCAAUCCAACCACAUCCAGGAGCUCCACAAGGACAUCCAAGAAUCCCAGGGCCUGGUCAAGGAGAAGGACCGCAAGAUAACAGAGCUGUCCAAGGAGGUGUUUCGGCUAAAGGAGGCCCUGGGAGCUCUGUCACCUCCUCUGGGCAUCACCUCCUCAUCGUCCUCCUCAUCUAUCCAUCAUGGUAACCCUGGGCAGCAAAUGGCACUGCAGAACAGGAUCGCCAUACUCACCCAGCAGCUGCAGGAUUGGGAGAGAAAGCACAAACAGGUGGUGGCUAUAUACCGUUCCCAUUUACUGGCAGCUGUCCAGGGCCGAAUGGAUGAAGAAGUACAGGGACUGUUACUCCAAAUCCUGAGGAUGUCACAGCAGGGACACUGAACCAUCUGCAAGCCUCUUUACACCUCCAGUCCCUUUACAGGUCAGCAUAUAACAGCUCCAGCAUAGCAACCUGUGGGACCAGCAUUGUUGAGACCUUGUCUAGAAAGCCAAAUACAUCUGUUCAGACAUACAGUAGCUGCAUGUGUUCAAUACAGUAAACUUAAACAACAGCCUUAAGGCUUUACUGAUAAUCAAACAGGGAGAACAUAGAAUUGUAGAGUGCCUUCAUGGCUGGAUAACUGAAAUGACAGCAGCCUAUAAGUCAGGGGUUUAUGGUAGCAGAAAUUGAGUCUGAAUAGAGAGUCGUUAUUUAGAAGAUAGAAUCAAGUGCAUUGAUUGUGUGACAAGCCUAUUGAUUUUAUAUUAUAUUGUUAUAAUAAAAAUGAGAAACAAA